AUGAACUCUACAAACUGUGCUGCGUCUGUUGACGCCUCCUUUGGUCCAUUUGUUCCCCCUGAAUGCCGCCACGGCUUCGACUUCACCCUCGUCUUUGAACAGUCCAUUCUUGUGCUUUUACCUGCCUCUCUUCUCCUCGUUAUUGCCCCUUUUCGUAUCUUCCGCCUCCGAAAUGCCCCAGUCAAAGUCACUGGUUAUCGUCUUCGCUCUGUCAAGUUGGUGCUUAUUGCCCUCUUGGCUGUGCUUCAUCUCGUGCUCGUCGUGCUCUGGGCGACUCUAGCUCGUCCUUCCAACACGCGCCUAGACCGCGUCUCCAUUGCUGCUGCAUGUGUAUCCUUUGCCUCUAGCUUGAUGUCAUGUGUCCUCUCCCGUGCCGAACAUGCCAAAUCUCCUCGUCCAUCUUCGCUCCUGAGUGUUUUCUUUGCCGUGUCUUCGCUUCUGGAUGCUGCGCUCCUUCGCACCCUCUGGCUUGCCCCCAUCAAUGUAGCCAUUCCGGCUGUGUUCACGGCGGCUUUUGUCCUCAAGGUGAUGCUCGUCGUCGUCGAAGGGUGGAGCAAAGCCCAGUACCUUGUCUCCGGCUCCGGGGUUCACUCUCCCGAAGUCACGGCCGGACUUUAUGCCCGGGCCGUUUUCGCGUGGGUGGUGCCGUUGCUGCUGACAGGGUUCCGGAAGCUACUACGGCCGAUGGAUUUGUUGGAGUUGGAUGAGGAUAUGGGUUCGGCACGGUUGAUCAGCAGGUUUUGGAGACACUGGAAUAGGCACAACCAAAAAGUCCCGGCCCGCAAGCAUCGUCUCAUCGUUUGCUGCAUCACCACUUUGCAAUGGCCUAUUAUUGCUGUCAUUGUUCCUCGACUGGCGCUUCUUGCAUUCACUAUAUGCCAACCACUGAUUCUCAACCGGCUCCUUAUAUUUCUUGGUGAUACAUCCCAGCCAAUCAACAUCGGUUAUGGUCUCAUUGCAGCAUACGGUCUGGUUUACACAGGCAUUGCCCUUUCUCAAGCUCUUUACUGGCAUCGCAAUGCGUGGUCUGUCACCUUGUUGCGAGGCGUGCUCGUCUCUGCGGUAUUCUCCAAAGCGACGGAGCUGAGCACCACGGCUACAGACGAUUCUGCAGCUGUGACACUCAUGUCUUCUGAUGUCGAUGUUAUUGUGAGAGCCGUCAGAGAGAUCCACGAGUUCUGGGCAAAUAUUAUCCAACUUGCCAUUGCUACUUGGCUUCUGAGCACUCACAUAGGAUACGCAGCGUCUGGCCCCAUUAUCAUCUCCCUUAUAGCUCUGAUCGCCACCGUCCUCGUAUCGCCAAUGGCACGCAAGUAUCAAAUCGACUGGCUCGAAAAGACACAAAAACGAGUUGGCAUCACCUCAGCCAUGAUCGGGCACAUCAAGAGCAUCAAAUGUUCCGGUCUAACUCAAAAUCUGUCCGAUACCAUCCUCAGUUUACGAGCUGAUGAGAUCAGGGCUUCAAGACCUUUCAGAAUCGUCAGCAGUGUUACGUCGGCCAUUGCCCAAGUGCCUUUAAUGAUGUCCCCUGUCGCUGCCUUUGCCCUAUUCCAGGGAGUUGCCUCGAGCUCUUCUGAGACUCUGGAUGCUACUAGACUUUUUUCUGCGCUGUCGCUCAUUGUACUUCUUGCACAGCCGCUCUUCUUCAUGUUUGAGGUCAUACUCGAUAUGAGUGCUGCUUUAGGGUCUUUUGAGCGGAUUCAGAAAUUCUUAGUGCAGGAAUCUCGUUCUGACCUUCGCAAGAUUCACUCUUCAUCAGACGUGAGAGUUUCUCGGCAAGGAGAGACAUCCUCGAUCGAGUUACAAAUGUUAAGAAAUCCUACUGUUCCGUCUAUCAGAGAGUCUGACACUGGUGGCUUCGCCAUCGAAGUCUCCAAUGCCGACAUCUCUUGGUCAGAAGAACGCUCACUGCUCCAUGACUUGACAUUCACCGUCGGCCAUGACCAGCUUGUCCUCCUCCUCGGCCCAGUAGCAGUGGGCAAAAGCACACUGUUGAAAGCAAUUCUCGGCGAAGUUCCAUUGACAGCUGGAACAGUCAGACUUCAAAGCGAUAGUCGCAGUGGCAGCGUUACCUGGUGCGAACAGAGCCCUUGGCUUCUGAACCAAACCGUCCGCGAGAACAUUGUUGGAUAUGCUCAUUUCGAUGCUUUCCUUUAUCAAAAGGUCAUCAAGGCUUGCGAUCUCGAGAAAGAUUUGGGUCAACUUCCACGAGGUGAUGGCACUGUCAUUGGCAGUAAAGGUCUGGCCCUGAGCGGAGGCCAGAAACAACGAGUUGCUUUGGCUAGAGCUGUUUACUCACAGCCAAGAGUCGCUCUUCUUGACGAUGUCUUCAGCGGCUUGGACCAUCAGACUGCUCAAACAGUGUUCGAGAAUCUCGUUGGCAAGAAUGGUUUGUUCAGGCAAUGGAAGACAACCGUGGUUCUUGCUACUCAGUCAGCCGACUUUCUCACUUCUGCUGAUCACAUUAUUUGUCUAAGCAAAGAAGGUGAAAUCUCUGAACAAGGCUCAUUCCAGACUCUCAAGAAAGCCAACGGAUAUAUUCAGUCUUUGCUGGACGACAAGGAAAGACACUCUAACCCUGAAGCUUCAGGGAAGGUAAUUAAAGAGGACGCUGUCAAACAAACUGAGAAGCCCAAGCAUGAGACCCCAAAGCAGCAGGAAGAGUCAACCGAUUCACGCCGACAACGCGGUGACUCAACUGUCUAUAGAUACUACUUUAGCAGUACUGGCGGUCUAUUCAUGGUUACUCUCUUAGGACUCGAGAUCAUCUGGGCUUUUCUCGGGAGCUUUCCAACGAUUUGGCUCAAGUUUUGGACCGAUGAUAAUGAGAAAGGAAACGACAGAGCCGGUUACUACCUUGGAGUCUACGCCGUACUGCAGAUCAUUGGUGUCAUCUGGUUUGCUAUUCUGAUUUGGUUCGUCAUUGUCUUGGUAGCGGCCAAGUCGGGCAUCACUCUUCACAAGAGACUAUUGUCGACUGUCAUCAGGGCACCGUUAUCGCUCUUUACCACGACAGAUCUUGGUUCCAUCACAACGAGAUUCUCGCAGGACAUAGGAAUGAUCGAUAACCAUCUUCCCCUUGGACUUGUUGUAACUCUCGCCAGCUUCUUCGGUGCUAUCGCCAAGGCAGGCCUCCUUACCGCCUCAACUCCUUACAUAGCAGCAACAUUUCCCCUCUUGGGAGCCGUUUACUUCUAUCUUCAGCGUGCUUACCUUCGGACCUCUCGUCAACUCCGUCUCUUGGAUCUCGAAGAGAAAGCUCCUCUAUACACACAAUUCCUGGAGACCCUCUCAGGUCUAGCAACCAUACGGGCCUUUGGGUGGGGGUCCGCUGUUAUCGAGGCAAACCACGCUCUCGUAGACCGCUCGCAGAGACCAUUCUAUCUUCUCAUGAUUGUACAGCGUUGGCUAGUUCUGGUUCUCGAUCUGACAACAGCGGCUCUAGCUCUUCUCCUUGUUGGACUCGCUGUUCGUCUCCGCGGCGAAGUAGAUGUUGGUUUGACCGGCGUGUCGCUCGUACAGCUAAUUUCGUUGAGCGAGACUGUCAACUUGUUAAUCCAGUUUUGGACAUCGAUCGAGACAUCUAUCGGCGCUGUCGCUCGUAUCAAGCAGUUUGCGGAGGAUACUGGAGAAGAGAACUUGCUCGGCGAAACACAAGAGCCUCCUUCACAGUGGCCGGACAAGGGUGCUAUCCAAAUUAGCGACUUGACGGCGUCGUAUGGAAAUGGGCAGGAAGAUGCCCAUCAGGCUCUUGAUGCUGUGUCUUUUGAGAUCAAGCCUGGAGAGAAAGUUGCCAUUUGUGGUCGCACAGGAAGCGGCAAAUCCUCUGUGUUCCUUGCUCUUCUGCGACUCCUUGACUCUUCAUCUGGUAGCAUUACCAUAGACGGCAUAUCUCUAUCUUCUCUACCACGAGACACUGCCCGUAGUCGUCUUAUCACUCUUACGCAAGACCAAUUCGUUCUACCCGGCACCAUUCGACACAACGCGGACCCGCGGGGUGUCUUCUCUGACAUGGACAUCAACGCAGCUCUUCGCCUUGUUGGUUUAUCUGAUGCUAUAGAGCAACACGGUGGGCUGGAUGCCCCCUUUGACGAGGAAGCGUUGAGCCAUGGCCAGAAGCAGCUCUUCUUUCUAGCGCGAGCAGUCUUGAGAAAGCGUGAUGGAAAGGUUGCUCUCCUUGACGAAGUAACAAGCAGCGUGGACCCCAAGACCGAAGAAUCCAUCAAAUCCAUCGUCGAACACGAGUUCAAGGAGCAUACAGUCGUCUCUAUCACCCACCGUCUGAGCACAAUUGUCGAUUUCGACCGUGUUAUUGUAAUGGAGAAAGGCUGUGUCGUCGAGGUUGGUGAACCAAAGAAUCUUCUUGCUUCCGACAGCAAGUUCAAAGCUCUUUGGGCAACCAGACCUGACUCAGAGGCCUGA